AUGCGCAAAUAUGUGAAGCCAUCGAAGUCUAUCCUCAACUUCUUGGAUGUGGCUGCUGUUAUCGUCUCGAUAACGUGUGCGGGCCUAGCACUUGCUACCAUUUCGCCACAUCUCCAUUAUGCUACACAACUUCAGUACACCGGGCAGAUCACGAUCGUGGGAUUCCUCCUCAGUCUCAUGAAUCAAUGUCUACAAAAGGUUGCGCCAUUCUUAUUCAUGCUCAUCGAAGCUCGCUUUGGCUCUUCAGGGUUGCAGAAUUAUGAUGGUCUCAUGCGAUGGUCUCUUUGGGGGGAAAGACUUCGUCCCGCUUGGAGAGUCUCGAUUGUCUUCCUAUUGGCAUUGCCCUUGAUAUUAAGCGCUGUCUACAAGCAGUUCACCGGCGGUACUGGAUGGGUGCAAGUUGCGACCUCUGUAGGAUACUAUGGGCCUACUGCCCCACAAGGCUUGAAACAUGCGGGCGGCCAAACUAUCAUGGCGAGUGCUGUUCAUCCUUACAUGGCGGCCUCUCGGCACGACGCGGAUUUUCUUGAUUUGACCAAGGGCACUCAAGCUUAUGGGUACAACAUCCUCCUCUUAUCCAAUACUUCAGCAGCUGCCCUGGACAGCCCGUUGCCCAACCACAUUUCCCAUCUGCAAAGCCAGUUGACAAACAUCGCAACAUACUACUUGGAGGCCGCUGUCCGAGGAACUGUGACACAUUACAAUUCAACAGCGGAUUCUCACCGCAGGGACUCUUCGUUCUGGAGAAAGUACUUCCCAGGAGGGCCGGAACUGAGAGCUGCUACAGAUAUCUGGCCGUGGAACAGGUGGUACUUCGGCUGGCAGAUGCUAUCGAGCGCCUCGGAUAACUCAACAUAUGCCUGGGAUCCUUCGUGGAGCCUCAUGGGAUACUAUACAAGGCCUAAAUUUAUCAUUCAGCCACACGAUAUAAAGCGAGAGUUUGAGCAAACGGCACGAGGAUUCGACACUCAUCGACACGCAUGCCGUGGUAAGUGGAAGGUCACACGCAACUCGAUCGAGCUUUUGUCAGGCAGCUGUGACCCAACGCCGCUUGAGUCGAAAUACCAAUACCUAUCCAAUUGCCAGCUGCCGCUCACUCACUACGUCGAGCUUCUUGCCGAGUUUCUGGGUCCCUUUGCGGAGUCGCGCAAGGACUCACCAUGGCUCUUGCCCACUUUCAGUGUUGUCACUGCGGCAAUGUACUCUUCGCAGGUAGCGGAUAGUGAGGGCUUCGUCUGGAUACAACCGGAUGGCCCGAUCUGGCAGGAAUGGAAUCCUGGUAAAGAUCCCGACUUCCGGUACAAUGAGACCUACCUCCUUGACGAGAGUCUAUUAAUGGAAGUCCCUACGAUGCGUGCCUCUCCUGGUCUGUGCUUCGUAAUUAUCUUGCAGCCUAUCUUGACCAUCAUAGCAUUUGUUUCAACCCUGUGGCUACGUAACACGCCUAUCUGCAGAGAUUUUUGCCUUGUGUCCGUUCUGGCUGGAGUUGAUAAGGACAGCUUGAAACUCUUGGAGGGUGCUUCAUUCUCUGGGAAGCUUGACAGACCCAUGAGAUUGCAGAUUACGGCUCUUGAAGAAACAUCAGCCUCAGGAGAAAGACUUCCCCGUCUCGAAUAUGUGAUCGAGGAAAGUGUAGACUAG